AUGAACCGUUCACUGCCAAGGGCAGAGGACCUCAAUCUCGAAGAGAUUGAUUACGAACUAUCUAUACGAAAUCAACCAGAAGAUGUUUUUAAACUUGAUGUCCAAGGGAAGCAAAGGCAUUUGAGAUUACUAUUCAAAGCCGACCAGAAGGAAGGACAGAACUAUAGGUCAAAUCUUAGUAUUCAAGCUGAAGCUGAACAUAUAAGUGCGAGAAUCGACAAUUUGGAAAAGGCUCUCUCCAAAAAAGUUGAAGCCAAGUAUGAGUCGAGGGUAAUUCAUUACUAUUAUCGGGUUAAAAGGUGCAUGGCAGAAACGGAGGAGGGUAAAAAGCUGCGAAGAGAACUCAGUCUUAGGAUCGAAAAGAUAAUGCAGUUCUACCAGUUUGGUCCUUCAUUAUCCCCGUAUAAGGAACAGAUUAACACAAUCAUCCAAAGAUCGGAGGGUGCUGUAGGGUUAUCAGGUCAGGACAGUUCAGCCACACCAAAAACUAGUACGAUUAAGCCGGUACGACAAAGCGAAUGGGAAUUUCCUAAUCCCCCAGAUGCACCGGCGUCAUUAAUUCCGGAGGGUUCAAACAGAAGACAGGAGGAGACAAUCGAGGUAUCGCGCUCGGAAUGGGAGGAUAUGAAACGAAUGUUAGCAGAGUUAACGAGAGACAAAAACCAUCAUGGUGAGAUGAACCGGGAGGACAGAACUCGGAACACGGGUAAUCUCGAACGGGUAGGACAGCAAGCUAAUGGGAUGAAUGAACCGCGACGAACAGUACGCCGACCAACGAGCUAUGCUGAUGAACUUACGGACUCGGAUUCGGAAGGCGAGGAUCCUCAACAAUUCAGGCGAAACACCAGGAUAAAUGGGAAUGGAAAUGAUCGCGGUAGUUACGAGGAGUCGAUGUACAGCUAUGAUAGCGGGACCAUUAGGCCCGGCUAUCCGAGAGGAAACAGGCACGGUCGACACAGGCAAGAGCGAUACGAAGAGAGAGGUCAUGGCAGAGUAGAGAAGUGGAAGCUAAGAUUCUCUGGCGAUUCACGAGGAAUGUCAGUAGAGAAUUUCAUCUACAAAGCGACGAAACUGGCAGAACGGGAAGGAGUUUCGAAAGCUCUUCUGUUGAGGGACAUCCACAUGCUUCUAGAGGGGGCUGCAUCGGAUUGGUUCUUUACAUACGUCGACGAUCUAGUGACGUGGGAGGACUUUACGAACGGAAUAACCUACCGUUUCGGCAACCCGAACAAGGACCAAGGCAUUCGGUCAAAAAUACAAGAGCGGAAACAGUUACGUGGAGAGUCGUUCAUAGCUUUCGUGUCUGAGAUCGAGAAGCUAGAUCGCAUGUUGUCCAAGCCGUUGUCCCGGAGAAGAAAGUUCGAGGUUAUUUGGGACAACAUGCGGCAGCAUUAUAGGUCAAAAAUCUCUAUUGUACGCGUGAGAGACCUGCAACAACUAAUCGAUCUUAAUUAUCGCAUUGACGCGGCGGACCAUCAACUACAUCAAUCGACGUCAGACCCGAUGGUACGCAGACCGAUCAACCAGAUAUUAGCCACAGAAGACGACAGCGAUUAUGAACAGGAAGCGCCAGUAAAUCACGUCAGAGGACAGCAGCCGAGGAGCAGACCGGUAGCGAGUCGCAAUUUUCAUGAAGCGACACAGCAGGAGCUACCUGCGCGCCAGAGAGAAAAUGUAGAACUCGGUCCGGGAAGAAUUAGCUGCUGGAAUUGCCUAGAAGUCUACCACAUAAAGAUUAGAAUAAGUAGAUGUCCUCACAUUAGGGUUAAGGUGCUCGAUUAUGAGACAGAAGCAUUGUUGGACUCAGGGGCUGGUAUUAGCAUACUCAAUUCAAUGGAGUUAAUUGAGAGGUUUAGAUUAAAACUGCAGCCGGCAGCCAUUCGAGUGGCCACGGCAGACGGUUCGAAUUACGCAUGCCAGGGUUUUGUAAACAUUCCGUUUACAUACAAGGAUGUAACGAAGGUGAUACCAACAAUCGUGGUACCUGAAAUUUCGCGCAAAAUCAUAUUGGGGGCAGACUUUUGGGAGGCGUUCGGAAUCAAGCCGAUGAUAGACUUAGGCAAUGGACCGGAAACCUUGGAAACGGUUUCACAUGGAACGAAUGAAUCAAUCUGUUUCACUCUUGAACCAACCAGUCAAGUACCGGAUUCUGCAAAAGAGGAGGAAGACGAGACUUUAGACAUUCCGGUGUUCGAAGGGCCAACGGAAACGAUGCCAGAUCCAGAGUCUAUCGAAACGGAGCAUGAGUUGAGCGCGGAGGAGAGACAGCAAUUAAUGACGGUUAUUAAGGGCUUCGAGCUGACCUCAACGGGGAAGUUAGGAAGAACUUCUUUGAUCCAGCACGAAAUAAUAUUAAAAGAAGGGGCGAAACCACGUAAUCCGGUGAUGUACAAGGGUUCGCCAUACAUGCAGGAAGCGAUAAAGAAAGAAGUGGAAAGGUUCAAGGCUCUAGACGCAAUCGAGGAAUGCUACAGUGAGUGGACUAAUCCUCUGGUUCCGGUGCCGAAGAAAAAUGGAAAGGUGCGGGUUUGCUUGGACUCCAGAAAAAUCAACAAGUUGACGGUUAAGGAUUCGUAUCCUAUGCGAAACAUGCAGGAUAUCUUCCGCCGAUUGGGUAAAGCUAGGUAUUUCUCCGUCAUAGAUCUGAAGGAUGCCUACUUCCAGAUCCCGUUAAAGGAAGAGAGUCGAAAUUUUACGGCGUUCAGAACUUCGGAAGGGGUCUUCCGUUUCAAGGUGCUGCCAUUUGGGGUCAUCAACGCACCGUUCACGAUGUCGCGGCUAAUGGACAGGGCUCUGGGGUUCGACCUGGAACCGCGAGUCUUUGUUUAUCUCGAUGACAUUGUCAUAGCCACCGAGACUCUGGAAGAGCACUUACGGCUGCUCGAAAUAGUAGGGAAUCGACUGCGACUGGCAGGAUUGACGAUCUCGUUGGAAAAGUCACGCUUCUGCCGGAAACAAGUUAUGUACUUGGGGUAUUUACUCAAUGAGCAUGGCAUAGCAAUAGACAGCGGCCGGAUUCAGCCGAUCUUGGAUUAUGCCAGACCGAAGACACAAGAGGACAUCCGUCGAUUACUAGGCUUGGCAGGUUUUUACCAACGCUUUAUCAAGGAAUACAGCAGAGUGGUGGCUCCAAUAACUGAUCUCCUUACUAAGGAAAAUAGGAAGUUCACAUGGAGCAAGGAAGCGGAAGAAGCAUUCCGUGAGCUCAAAUCUAUCCUGACGUCGGCACCUAUCUUGGGGAACCCGGACUUCAACAAGGUCUUUACCAUAGAGUCCGAUGCUUCAGAUAGGGCAGUAGGAGCGGCUCUAGUGCAGGAGCAAGAGGGAGUGACAAAAGUCAUAAGCUACUUCAGUAAGAAGCUAAAUCGAACGCAAAGACGAUAUUCGGCAGUAGAAAAGGAGUGUCUGGGGGUUUUGUCAGCAAUCCAACACUUUCGGCACUACAUCGAGGGCACCAAGUUCCGAGUCGUAACUGACGCGCGGAGCCUGUUGUGGUUAUUCAACAUCGGUACGGAGUCGGGAAACGCGAAGUUGAUGCGGUGGGCUUUGAGAAUCCAAGCCUACGACUUCGAUCUGGAGUACCGUAAGGGUAAAAGCAAUAUUACAGCGGAUUGCUUGUCACGGUCGAUAGAAGUGGACGUACUGACGAUCUCACUAGCCCUUAAUUUAGUAUUAGUAUAG